AUGAAGAAGAACGUGCUGGAGUUCAACGCUUCCAUCGUCGAUCGCUUCGACGAGCUCUUCGGCCGGGGAGUUUCUCUGCAGCUCAUUAGCUCCGUUCAUGGCGAUCCUCGUAAGUUUCCGUUUUUCAUCAAACCUAUAGAACUCGGGAUGGAAAUGGUGGUAGAGUUCCAUUCCUACCAGAUGUGGGAUGAAAGCAGGUUUUGCCCAAAAAAUAAAUAUUAUAUUUUUUUAUUUUUUGGUAAAAAUGAGUUGGACAUUAAAAUAGAUUAA